GUCUGCAGUAAGCUGUGAAAACUGAAUGGUUUGCAGUUGAUCUCGGCUGUCGGAUUUCUCUGUUUGUAAUUUUGCACAAGUCUUUUCGUAAUUAAUUUUGAAUGCCUUGAUUAUGGAGACCCCAGCGGUGGCGGCGGUAGCAUCGGUGGGAGGAGGGGGUGAUGGGGGUGGGGGUGGGGAUGAUGAGUCAGCAACAGCAAAGAGCUGGACCAUCAGUGUAGGUGGUGGGGGGAGCUCCGGUGCAUCCACCCCUCCUGUGCUGGUGUUCCGGUGCAGUGCUCUGUCACAGCCCCCUGCCCCCCACUCUGCGCCUGCCCACCUACUGCACAUGACCUACAAGACACAGCAGACGGAGACAAAACUGCUGGCGGCCAUGUUGGCUGCUCACGGACUCAAAGAGGUAGGACAAGACGUUAGUGAUUUCAAUCUACUGUGGACUGGCAUUCAUCCAAAGCCGGACGCCCUUAGGUCACUGGCUGCUCACCAGAGGGUCAACCAUUUUCCUAGGUCGUACGAGUUGACACGGAAAGACAGGCUGUACAAGAACAUAGAGAAAAUGCAGCAUACAAAGGGCGUGAAGCACUUUGACUUCAUCCCGCAGACGUUCAUAAUGCCGGGCGACUUCCGCGACUUGAUGACGUGUCACUACCGGCAGCGCGGACCUUGGAUCGUCAAGCCGGUCGCAUCGUCGAGAGGCCGUGGCAUCUAUAUUGUCAACUCGCCAGACGAAGUUCCGGUUGAAGAAAGCGUAGUGGUAGCUAAGUACAUAGACCGACCGCUUCUGAUAGCCGGACACAAGUGCGACCUGCGUCUCUACGUGGCCGUCACGUCGUACGACCCGCUGCUCAUCUACAUGUACGAGGAGGGCCUUGUGCGACUCGCCACCGUCAAGUACGACUCGGGUCGCAAGCAUCUCUGGAAUCCGUGCAUGCAUCUCUGCAACUACAGCAUCAACAAACACCAUUCCGACUAUAUCAAGAGCGACGACCCUGAAGCAGAGGACGUGGGUCACAAGUGGACGCUGAGCGCACUGCUCCGUCACCUGCGCAAGAGGGGAGUGGAGGGUGGAGGGGGUGAAGGAGGCGUGGACACUGGUCAGCUGAUGCAGCGAAUCGAGGAGGUGGUGGUGAAGGCCAUCAUGGCUACCGCACCCUCCAUCGUUGCCGCCUGUCAGCUGUUUGUGCCGCAUCCUAACAACUGUUUCGAGUUGUACGGUUUCGAUAUCCUGAUCGACUACCAACUGAAGCCUUGGCUGCUAGAGGUGAAUUUGUCGCCAUCUUUGGGCUGCGACUCGCCACUGGACACGCGACUCAAGUCGGCCAUGUUGGCAGACCUGCUCACUUUGGUGGGUGUGCCAGCACUGGAUCCGGUCACCAGGCCUGCCAACCAUCUGCGUCACCAGCACCAUCGGCACUCGACGUUGCCUGAGCGACGCCAUCUUACUAAGGCAAGACGAGUGCAAUCGGCCGACUCACUGCCGAGCGUUCGAAAGCAGUCGGCGAACAGUCACAACAGCAGCAGCCUGAGCAGCAGUCGUCUCAACAACAGCCACCACAACAACAACAAUCAACACCAGCACUUGACGGGCGAUGUUGUGCGCAUGAUCAGGAAUGCACGUGCGCAGUUUGAGCGGCGCGGUGGCUUCAUACGCAUUUUCCCGUCGCCUGAGAGUUGGAAACGGUAUUCGCAGUUUCUCGACCCAGUGACAGGUGUCCCAUGCCUACCGCCGGGCUCAGCGAGCCUGUCUCUGCUGGCCAAUCACAACCUCAACCUCAUUCUGCACCAGAGGCUGUUUGCUGGCGAUCAGCUGACCGCUGUCUCCUCCUCCUCCCACCUGCCAGCUGUUGUCAGCUCGGAGAAGCUGUAUCGCUACGAGCGUGCGCUCAGCAAGGGACAUCGUGCCAGUCUCGACGACAAGAACAACACUAAUAACGACAUAUCGACGGCGAACACGGGCGUGCAAUCGGCGGCAGACAGCGCCGUGCUGCGCCAGGAGGUGCUCGCCUGUCUGCAGGACGGCUACAAGCUGAGCCAGGUGCAGGCGCGGCAGGCGUUCGGCUGCUACCUGGCGCGGCUGCUGGGGCGCAUGAGUGGUGGGGGUGCGCCCAGUGCGCCUGGUAGCCGCCUGGACGAGUCGCACAGCGAACUGGUUUUGCGCUUCCUUAAGACGGCCGGCAACAACCUCAGGCUGCCUUUCCAUCUCAAGGCACCAAGCAAAAACUUGCAAGGCAAAGAUCGUAUAGCGGUGAUUGCCAAACAGCUGAAUGACUUUAUCUACGUGUACAACCGGGAGACAGACAGCAUAGCACCCAGCAUCGCCGAGAACCGCCAUCACAUUCCCAAUCGGCUCUUCUCGCUCUUCCUACCCGUCGCCAAUGAAAGUGACCUGGAAGAGGUGUUGACAACCAAUGCCAGACUGUACAAAUGCGCGCAGGUGUUUCUGGGGCGGUGUGGUCCCUCCCCUCGCAAACUGCACACCCUCGGUCUGCUUCAGUCCAUCGGCAACGGACAUGGACCACAGGAUAAGGUAUUCAAAAGUGAAACAAAAAUCUAUAAUGAGGUCCACGUUAUAAUGGCAGUUAUACGUCUCAUUUACUGA